GGAUGAUCCACAGCUGCCCUCAGGAGCUCUGAUAGACCAGGCCAAACACCUGGGCAACCUGACCUUCAACAUCUGGAACAAGAUGAAGGACAUGGUCUCCUACACUCCUCUCAUUCUGGACCCAAACACUGCUCAUCCAUAUCUCAUCCUGUCUGAAGAUCUGACCAGUGUGAGACGAGGAGAGAGACAGCAGCUUCCUGACAAUCCAGAGAGGGUUGAUGAACACUACUCUGUCCUGGGCUCUGAAGGCUUUAACUCAGGGACUCACAGCUGGGAUGUCGAGGUUGGAGACAGUACAGGCUGGGAACUGGGUGUGUUAGCAGAGUCUGUCCAGAGGAAGGGAGACAACAUAAAGUCAGGAUUAUGGAGAAUAGAGUUCUAUCAAGGUAAAUACUCAGCAUGGUCACCACCAGCUUCAUUCACUGAUCUCAGAGUUCAGAAGAAGCUCCAGAGGAUCAGAGUGAAUCUGGACUGGAACAGAGGAAAGCUGUCGUUCUCUGAUCCUGAUACUAACACACACAUACACACCUUCACACACACUUUCACUGAGAGGAUGUUUCCAUAUAUUAGCACUAUAAGUGAAGUGAAGCUGUCAGCAGUGAAGGUCUGUGUGACAGUGGAACAGAGCAGUUAGAGAUAAAGAGGAUGAUUAUAUUCAUGAUGUAUUAUUAUUACUUUAUAUAUUAUAUAUCAUCCAGUCGCAAUGACAACUGUGAAAUCCUAACAAACAGUGAUUAGCUCAGUUGGUAGAGUUAGCUUACUUAGGUUACGUGUUUGAUCUGCACACCGGUCGACUAUAUUUUCUUUCCCUCUUUAACAAUUUAAUUAUGAAGACACUUUCACAUGCUCACUAUAAAGCAUGUGCCGCAGUGUGAGCGUUACAGCGUUUGAUCUGCAUCCAUCAACCUAAGGACGCUUGUUUUAACAAAGUGGAGAGGAGCCUUGACCCUCACCUGACUAUGCCUUUGUAAAUUUGCUUGUAUUAUGUGGUUUAUACUGGACUGUGGUGCAGAAAC